AUGGCUCAAGAAAAUAAACCAACCUCUAGGCAGAAAAUUGUCGAUGCAUACACUACGCUGGUGAACAAAAUAAGCGUCGGACAUUUCGAUGAAUUCAAGGAGUUUUUUGCGUCUGAAAAGGACUUGGAAAAGGCGAUACAGGAGUUUCGCACCGGGUUGACGGACGCGUUACUAACAAAAGUUAACAACUUGUGGGAUGAGACUGAGAUUGAUGCGAACGUUGAGCUGUUGGCAAAUCUCAAAAAGAAAGCUGCCGGAAAUACACAGAAAAUGUGGCGUCCCACAGGGAAGUCAGUCAGCGAGCAGGUUCGACCGCUGGUUGUGAAUCAACUGAAAAUGUCGCUAAAAUUCUACCAAUUGCAACUGGGGUUUCAAAAAGAACGAACAAAGGAAGUUAUUUAUAAUAUUGAAACGAUGCGUGCAAAAUAUAAAGCGAUGCAGGUGCGGCGGACCAACUUACUGCAGCAAAUAAUGAACGAGCAAAACACAUUUGAUUCUAUCCGUAUGCAUCAAAAGGAGCUGGACGAUCGAGUGAAUGUAGAUUUAAUAAUUUAA